AUCGGCAGCAUGUCUUACGCCGCGAAGACCACCACAAACAACCUGGCCGAGAACAUGGGACUCCUCACGGGACUUCGAGUAUGUCUACGGCAUUACUGGACACCACUGCAUGUUGCAGGAGACAGCAACAUAAUCAUCCGACAGCAGAGAACCAGGACACCGCCGCGAGCACAGUAUCUCCACGGGCUGUUUUGGCAGAGUCGAAGAAUAGCGGACAAACUGAGCGUGCUAACGUGGCAGCACCACGCGCGAGAGUACAACAAAAUGGCGGAUACACUCACCAAUAUGGCGAUGGACUCCCGCCACAGCAUCCAAGACCGGCCCCAACGAGUACUUGGCUCAAGCUCGAGAUGGGACGACGUCUACGCCCAUGCCCACCGUGAUGUGGGGCAUUGGCUGGAGAGAAAUCACGAUAAGAACUCCUCGGAGCUCGCGGCCUUCACGCGAUAA